GCAGCUCAGCCUCUCAGUCGGCGAGGGGCCACCGGGAAUGUGAGGGCUUCAGCUCUCGCUGUUUCAGGACUGGGGACUCCAGAGCUGGCCGGGAGAGGUUCUGACCAGCCUGAAAGCUAAAACAUUUGUUUAUUUUUAAGUCCAAGACGACGUGCAGCAUAUUUCCGCAGGUGGUGCCAGUGUUGUCGGACCCUAGCUGAUGGUCAGCCGUUGGUGGUUCGCGCUGCUUCGGGGCUACAUGCUAGAAGGAACCUGCUGGAGCACCGCGUCGGUUCCCCUCUCUGCCCGGUGGCUCCGUUUAGACAUGCUCUAAAAUAGUCACCUGUUCAGUGUGAGUAGCGUUAAUGUUUCCUGGCGUGAAACGCGUUAAGUGUGCGCACUUCACCGCAGCUACAACACCAAACACGCCAGCGACGAUGAAGUGAGAUCUGCGGCAGGAGCGACGAGGCGCCGAACAACCUGCCGUGAUUUCCUUCCUGCACGUGAACAAAUAAAUGAUAGAGGAUACGAUGACCCUGCUGUCACUUUUAGGUCGGAUCAUGCGUUAUUUUCUGCUCAGACCGGAGACUUUGUUCCUGCUGUGCAUCAGCCUGGCUCUGUGGAGUUACUUCUUCCACACGGACGAAGUCAAGACCAUCGUCAAGUCCAGCCGCGAUGCGGUCAAGAUGGUCAAGGGGAAAGUGGCGGAGAUGAUGCAGAACGAGCGGUUCGGCGGGCUGGACGUCCUGGACGCGGAGUUCUCCAAGACCUGGGACUUCAAGAGUAACAAUGUGGCCGUGUAUUCCAUCCAAGGCCGGCGGGAUCAUAUGGAGGACAGGUUUGAGGUGCUCACAGACCUGGUAAACAAGAGCCACCCGUCUAUAUUUGGGGUUUUUGAUGGCCACGGAGGAGAGGCUGCUGCUGAGUUUGCGAAGGCCCACCUGCCAGAAGCUCUGCGCCAGCAGCUACUGACCUAUGAACGAGAGAGAGAGCGAAACAGAGAAAAAGACCAGGAGAAGGAUGAGAAAAGGGAGCGGGUCAGCCUUUCUUACCCCUCCAUCCUGGAGCGGCAGAUACUGAAUCUGGACAAAGACAUGCUGGACAAGCUCUCUGCUAUUUACAAUGAAGCAGGGACUACAUGUCUGGUGGCCCUGCUGUCUGAUACGGAGCUGACGGUGGCCAACGUCGGAGACUCUCGCGGUGUGCUGUGCGACAAAGACGGCAACGCCAUUCCUCUGUCACAUGACCACAAACCUUACCAGCUCAAAGAACGCAAGAGGAUCAAGAAGGCUGGUGGUUUCAUCAGCUUCAACGGCUCGUGGCGAGUCCAGGGCAUCUUGGCCAUGUCCCGCUCUCUGGGAGACUACCCCCUGAAGAACCUCAACGUGAUCAUCCCCGAUCCCGACAUCAUGACCUUCGACCUGGGCAAGCUGCAGCCCGAGUUCAUGAUCCUGGCGUCGGACGGCCUGUGGGACACCUUCAGCAACGAGGAGGCGGUUCGAUUCAUCAGAGAACGACUGGAUGAGCCGCACUUCGGCGCCAAGAGCAUCGUCCUUCAGUCCUUCUACCGCGGUUGCCCCGACAACAUCACCGUCAUGGUGGUCAAGUUCAAACGCAAACCUGGUGAGAAGUAGUAGUCUAUCCCUCAAACACACACACCGCAUCAGUUAUAAGUCUGAAUUAAAAUAAUUCUAAUGAUGAUAGACUUAUUGGGAAUAAAUUUAAUGACAGAUCUUGAAAGAGAACUAUUUCUAUCACUAAUAUUUCCAAGAAUUUCCUCGUUACACGUCACAUUAAGCCCGUUCAGUUUUUUAAGUUACAAAACAAAGACGUUUUAUAUUCCUGUUGAACACUGCGUGUGUGUGUGUGUGUGUGUGUGUGUGUGUGUGUGUGUGUGUGUGUGUGUGUGUGUGUGUGUGUGUGUGUGUGUGUGUGUGUGUGUGUGUGCGCGCGCGCGCGCGCGUGUGUUUAGGAGAGACAACUUUCACUUGUCUGUGAUCUUUUGAGGGUUUUUUUUAAUUAAAGGUGUGAAACACUGAAAAACCUAUUUUAAAUAAUUUCUGAUUAUAAUCAGUCAAUCUGAGUUUUUCGUGCAGGCCCAACAUGAAAAUAGUCUCCUACACCUAUCUCCUGCAUUAGCUUCUGCUAGAAAACAGACAAUGAAACUCUAGGAUUAGAAAAUCCUGACAGAUCUGCAUCACACUGUCACUUAACAGUCAUGGACUCGCCCAUCUGGACUCACGACGAGGAACGCUGUUGUUGGUUUAGCCUCCAGGAAACAGCAGAGAACGUCUCUAACAUCUCUAGCUAACUGUUAGCAUUAGCAACUCAACCACAUGGCCGAAGCUCCUCCAGGCUUCUGUUAUUUAUGGAGAUGAAACGUCAACAUCGCAAAGCAAACAGUCAGCGGUAGAGUCGUGCUGCUGUUAGCCAAUCAGAGGCAAGAUGUGAUGUGACUCACUUCUAGUUCCUGAAACAGGUGCACCAGGGCUUUUUUUUUCCCCAGAGUACGACUUACAAGGCAUUCAUUCCUACUAGAGACCGCUGGAAAUGUUUCAAAUAAACAAGUGAACCACACCUUUAAUUUGUUUCCGUUUGAUCUGUGUUGAAGUGAUGUGCUACACGUUCCGUGUUCUAACAUGGUGACUUUUAGUUUUUCUUGUAUCAAACAUGUGACACAGAACCUUUAACAUGUUUAGGAUGUUCGUCGUAUCAGCCGUAUGAUUGUAUGGCAACAGAACAUUUUCGUAUCACAUCAGUGGAUAAUCUGGAUCAGGGGUGUCAAACUCAUUUUAGCUCAGGGGCCACAUUGAGGGAAAUCUAGUCCCAAGUGGGCCGGACCGGUAAAUUAAAAACAACUUCAGAUUGUUUUCUUUGUUUUAAUACAAUCAAUAUAAAACAAAGCUGGAGCCUGAGGACAGUGUAGUACAAGUACAACACCUGAAGUGUACUUGAAAUUUUGAAAAAAAUAAAAAAUAAAAUAAAAAAAAAACAUUCCUGAGUGAUUCAAAGAGCUUACAGAUCACACGGCUAGAUCAGUUUCAUGCAGCACUUAAAUGGUAAAUGGCCUGUAUUUGAUAUAGCGCCUUCUAGAGUCCUGGAACCCUCAAGGCGCUUUGCAACACAAUCAGUCAUUCACCCAUUCACACACACAUUCACACACUGGUGGGGAUGAGCUACGAUGUAGCCACAGCUGCCCUGGGGCGCACUGACAGAGGCGAGGCUGCCGAGCACUGGCGCCACCGGUCCCUCCGACCACCACCAGCAGGAUACGUGGGUUAAGUGUCUUGCCCAAGGACACAACGACAGCGACAGACUGAGCGGGGCUCGAACCUGCAACCUUCCGAUUACAGGGCGAGCACUUAACUCCUGUGCCACCGUCGUUAAAGUAUAUUUGACUCAUUUUACUUAACAUCUUUUAGCUUUCACCAGCACAUCAAUAUCAGAAGUCACAUCCUGAGUGGCGGCCAUCUUCAGGAUGUGAUUCAAGUUCUUGUGUGAGCCUUGAGCGCAGCUUUAUUUAUACUCAUUACAGAGAAAACUUGCUCACAAACAUAAGUUUAUUUUCACUCUACAUUGUAAAGUAUGAAAAUAAAGUUUACACAACCGUCUCGCGGGCCGGAUCCGGCCCGCAAGCGGGUUACAUCCGGCCCGCGGGCCGCAUAUUUGACACCCCUGAUCUGGAUGGAUUAUCUCUUAUUAAAUUAGAUUUAUGAUAUGAAGUCCAUCAGGUUUUACAUAAAUAAAAACGGAGGGAAAUAAAAACGACAACUUUUUUAUUGUUUUGUCAUCUUUUAACGCUUUUACUGAGACAAAAAUCCUUAGUUUUGUUUUUCUGGACUGGAGCUACAUAAUUUAUCUGUUGCCUUUGUUGCUUUUACUUCUCUGCUGCCAAAUCUUUUGUUUAUCAAAUGCAGCCGAUCAUGUCGUGCGCAAAGCUCCCCCUCAGUGCUCUAAUGUGUUGAUUCAAAUGUGGUUGAAGGAACGUCUCCAAGAGACGUGAAAAUGUAAAGUGAAUGUACAUAUUGUCUUCAUGCAUCGCCUCAAGACACACGUCCACUGAUGUAUUUCACACUAAAAUGUUUGUUUUUGCUGUUUCUUUGAUAAUGUACAGAAUGUUUGUGGCAUUUGUACUUGCUUUUGUUGACUUUAUUGAACUGUAAAAAAAAAAUCACAACAUUCAAACUGUAAAUCAUAGAAAUCAGAACAAGUUUUUUCUUUUUUUAAAUAAACUCAACUGCAGCUUAUACAGAUGUGUAACAGAUGAUUGUUAAAAGUAAAUGUUACAUAGAAAAAUAAAACUUUGAAUCCCAGCUUGUAAAAUGUUAUCGGGGGUGCAAUAAAAUAAUUAUCAUUUAA